CUAAUCUAAUGGGGAGUUGGCUUUGCUGACAAUUCCCAUCAAAAGAAAAAGCGGCAAAAGCCGAGGGGCCGUAGCCACAGCACAUUUCACAUAGCACACACGAUUCAUUCCAAUUUCUUUUCCAUUCCCUCAAUUCUUCCUUCCCAUCUCUGUUUUCUUCUCUUUGUUCUUCAUAAUCCCAUCUCCUUCAUCUCUCUCUCCAUUUAGUCUCUUUUCUCCCUUCAUUUCUAAUUACCCAUCUCCCAAAAUCCGGUCUGGCAGCGAUCAAGUAUGGUUUCUUUCUUCGGUUCCUCGUUUCAGAUAUAAUUGAUUGGGUUAGAAGCAUGCGGGAAGAGGGAGACAGAUAUGGGAUUGACAAUGGAAAUGGGGUUUCGUGUUAGGAAAUUUGUAGUCGUAUCUAUCAGAACUUGCUACAGAUCAGUUCGUAACUAUCCAUUUCUUUUCGGGUUGCUGUGUUUUUUGAUUCUUCUGUAUAGAUCGUGUCCGUUUUUGUUUUCCCUUUUGGUAUCUGCUUCCCCUGUUUUGAUUUGUACGGCUGUUUUGCUUGGAACCCUUCUGAGUUAUGGGCAGCCUAAUAUACCUGAAAUUGAAACGGAGAAGGUUUCACGUGAUGUAGCUUCUUUGAGAUCUGGGAUUUUGGACAAUGCUACUGUUGUUGCUAAGGAGGAUGAUAGUUUUACUGUAGAGAGAUUUGAAGGUAAUGAAGUAGAAAAUUCUUAUGUGGAAAGGGGUUCUGAAGAAGAGAGGAAGACAAGCAAGCAUGAUGAACAUGCUGGUUUUGUUGACUUUGUUCCGGUGAUCCAUGAACGCAAUCGUGAAAUUCAGUUUGAGAAGGGUCAUGUUGAGGAUGAGAAGGGUGGUGUUGAGAAGUUUGAGAAGGGCGGAGUUGAGAAGGCAGCAGCAGAGAAGGAACUCCAUAAUUCAGAGUUGGAGGAAAGGAGAGAAAUUUAUGAAAGGGAUUUGGAUGUUAGAAGUUUGGCAACAGAUGAUGAAAAUGCUAUGGAGAACCAGCUUUUGGCUGCCCAAAGCAUGAGAAAUGAGAUUCUUGAAGUAGUAGAUCGUAACAUAUCGAUAGAACCUGUUCAUAAAGGUGAUCAUCUAAGCUUAUCUCUCAAUGAUAAAGAUGAUCAUGAUGAAAAUGGUUAUGAUUCUUCAGGUUCUGAGUCUGAUAGAGCAGAAAGCUCUUCGCCUGAUGCCUCAAUGGCUGAUAUCAUACCUUUGCUGGAUGAGUUGCACCCUCUCUUGGACUCAGAAACUCCACUACCUGCCCAUAGGUCGAAUGAAGAGUCAGAUGCUUCUUCAGAACAAUCUCAUAAAAGUGAUGGUGAAUGUGUGAUGUCAGAUGAUGAGGCUGAAAAUCAAGGAGAAGAAGGUGGUGUUGUUGAACAUGAUGAGGAUGAGGAUGAGGAUGAUGAUGAGGGGAUGCAGGAAGAGAAAGAGGAUGAGAGCAAAUCUGCUAUCAAGUGGACUGAGGAUGAUCAAAAGAAUCUCAUGGAUUUGGGGAGUUUAGAGCUAGAGAGGAAUCAGCGUUUGGAAAAUCUCAUUGCAAGGAGAAGAGCAAGGAACAACUUGAGAAUGUUGGCUGGGAAGAAUUUGAUAGACUUGGAUGGUUUUGAACUUCCUGCAAACGUACCACCCAUAUCUACAGCCAGACGUAACCCAUUUGAUCUCCCUUAUGAUUCUUACAGUAAUAUGGGAUUACCACCAAUUCCUGGGUCUGCUCCAUCCAUUUUGUUGCCUAGACGUAAUCCAUUUGAUCUCCCAUAUGAUCCAAAUGAAGAAAAACCAGAUCUCAAGAGUGACGACUUUGAACAAGAAUUUUUGGCACCUCAACAGAAAGAUAUGUUCCGAAGACAUGAAAGUUUCAGUGUGGGCCCCUCCAACUUUGCAGUUCCCAAGCAAGAGCAGCAGAAUAUUAGAUGGAAACCAUAUUUCAUGCCUGAAAAAAUAGCUGCCGAAGGAACAAGCUACUCACCACUGGAGAGACAAUUUAGUGAAGUCAGUGAAUCAAAAAUGAGUUCUGUUUCCGAUACCGAAUCAAUGAGUUCUAUUGCAGAUCAGGAUGACAAGAAGCCUGAUGAAUCACAGUCUUUUUUGGAAACAACAGCGGUUUCUUAUCUUGACCCCACAGCCAGGGGUAUUGAGCAUGGAAAUGGGCCAUGGGAGGAUAUAGGCUCUGAAGAUUAUGUACAAGAAAACAGAGAUGUGCAUCAUGAAGUGAUUGAGAUAACUUUGGGAUCUACCGAGAGUCAUUUUGAGAGCAUAUCUGGAUCCUCUGUCAUCAGAGGUGCAGAUACCCCAUUGGAGAUUAACGCCAGUGAAAUUCACUCCAAAAGUGUAUUAGUUGAAACGGACUUCAGCAGCAAUUCCAGCUUGUCUUCAUUGUCAGAAGAAGAAAAUGAAACGGCAUUUGAGGUCAAAACAGAUGAGGUGAAACCAAGUAGCGAUCAUACAGAGGAAUCUAGCAUCGACACUACGAACAUAUCAGUGCCAGCCCUUGAAGAAGAUGGAGACUUCAAGCUUGCCAGUGAAGUGUUGGAUGACAAUCAACAUAGGGAGCCUGUUUACGACUCAAGCCCUUCAGCAGAAGGUAAGGAAUCUGAUGUUCAUUCUGAAAUAGAGCAGGACAUCACUUCCAGUUUGAAAGAUAUGGAUGAUGUCUCCUCAGAGUUACAUAUAGUCGAUAAAAAUGAAAAAGAGUCGAGGGAAGUUGCUGAAGUUAUUGUUCCUGAGGUUACAAAGAUCGAAUCCCCCAAACACGACACCAAUUAUGAUGCUCAAAACUUAUCUGUGGCCCCUGAAUUUUCAUUUGAGGAUGUUUCAAUAAAUUCUGGUCUGUCCUUCUCAGACAAUGCGCUGAUGGAGAAAGGAAUAGUUGAUAGUGUGAAGGAAGAUAAAGAUCGGCUGACAAGUCAUGUGGACGAUAUUGUUGAUGGAGUUCACAAAAUUGAAGAUGAGAAUCUAGAUUCCCCACCUUCAUGUGAUAAGAGAUCUUCUUGGGGUCUGACUUUUACCGAACCAGAGGACAAACUGUCUUCAGCUGUAAACCAUGUUUCAGCAGAUAUUGGGUCACCUUCAAAUGCUAAACAUGUAGAAAUGCAUGAAACAGUAAAUAACGAAGAAAAUCCUCAGCUUGAACAAACAAAAAUCGGUAGAUCAAGUUCAUUGGAUAGCAGUUCUGUGCGGGAAGUGAUUUUGCAAACUGAUGUAGUUUGUCAUACUGAUCAACCUACUACUUCUAUAUUAAAUCUUGGUUCAGAAAUCCCUGCUCAGGACACCAAUGACCUGGUUGGAAUGAAUGAUUCUGGGGCUAUUUCUCAUGACCAUUUGACUACUACCAAUGCAGCCAUUCCUGAAUCACAGGAACAAAAGUGUCCAGUGGUGGAGGAGCAAGUCGAAUUGAUUUCUUUGAGUUCGACAUUUCCUCCUAAAUUUGAGCAAGUUGAGGAGCGGUCAAUGAACGAGAAAGAAGUUGUUAGGUCCCAACAAAAUAUUGUUGAGCCCUCAAGUGUCAAAUCACACACAAAGAGUGAAGACCUGCAAAAUCUGGAUAUAAAAAUUUCUUCUUCGGGUUCUAGUACUUCUGCUGUGACUCCUGAAGUUAUUUCAUCUGUUACUGAAUUAGGGCAGUCGUGGUCAGACAAGCGAAUGGUUGAACCUGUUCUUAGUAACCGUGACAAUGCUCAGGAACCAGGUGAUUUUUCGACAGAUUUUGCUGCUGAAGUAAUCUCUGAAAAUACAUCACCAAAUGUUCAUCAAGACAUUUCGGCUGCUCAAUCUUCUGUAGAACCUGAUUCCCCCUCAUCUUCUUCGGAUCAUGACUUCAGUUCACCAAAUACUGGAAGGUAUCCAAAAGAUGGCAUUGUGGAUGGAAUUGUAUUUCAGGAUCGCGAGGAGGUUUCGAAGCAUUUGGACUUUCUGGCAGAAGCAUAUGGAUCUCGUUUUUCAGAACAGAUGAUUAGGGAAGAGGUAGAUGAAAUAGCAGAUAUCGAUGAAGGUUUGUUAUUGGAAUUGGAGGAAGUUGGGGAUUUCAGCGUCAAAGAAGUUGGGGAACCAGUUCUUGAGAAAAAGGUACUCCCAGAGGAAGCUCAAGAAGAGAGAUUUGAAUUGGGUUCUAAUUCCAAUUCGACAGAAGCUAAAUCAGAUAUACCAAUUCUUGAAGCAAGAACACUGGAUGAUAUCAACUUGGCCUUUAGGCAACUCCAAGAAGGAGUAGAUGUGGAGGAUGUCAUUCUUCCCAGUGCGAUUGAAAGCGAAGUUAAUGAAGACGCCAAACCUGAAACAAGUUCAGAUAUGGAGGUUGUGGAAGCGAGAUCCCUGGGAGAUAUUCAUGAUGCAGUGUUGCAAGCAUUGGAAAGGAAUAUUGAUGAACUAGGAUCUAGUUCUGACAGCUCAGAAACCAAAUCGGAUAUACCAAUGCUUGAAGCAAAAUCACUUGAUGAUAUCAACUUUGCUUUUAGGCAACUCCACGAAGGAGUUGACGUGGAGGAUGUCAUUCUUCCCAGUAUGGUUAAUAACCAAGUUACUGGAAAAGCCAAGCCUGAAACAAGUUCGGAUUUGGAAUUCGUUGAAGCAAGAUCUUUGGGAGAUAUACAUGUUGCUUUGAUGCAACUCUCCGAGAAAAACAUAGGUGAAUCAGGUUCUAGUUCCAAUCCCACUGAAAUUAAAUCAGAUAUACCAAUUCUUGAAGCAAGAUCACUUGAUGAUAUCAACUUAGCUUUUAGGCAACUCCAUGAAGGAGUAGAUGUGGAGGAUGUCAUCCUUCCCAGUGCGAUCAAAAGCCAGGUUGAAGAAGAAGCCAAAACUGAAACAAAUUCAGAUAUGGAAGUCGUUGAAGCAAGAUCACUGGGAGAUAUUCAUGUUGCCUUGAUGCAAUCCCCAGAGAAAAACUUGAAUGAACAUCCAGAAAGUUCUAUGUCAAAUGUUCCAUCAGAGGGAUUAGAACCAGCUGGAGUGGAUUCUAUCAUUGAGAUUGCCUCAUCUAAUGCGACCAAUGCCGAUAAACCAGCUGCAGAUACAGUUGAUGAAUCUGUAGAUCCAAAUGUUUCUGCUUCCAAAACCGAUGCCGAUAAAUUAGCAGCUGAUACAGUUGAUGAAAAAUCUGUAGAUCCAAACGUUUCUGCUUCCAAAACCAAAGACAAGAAGGAAAAGUCUGGAAAAUCUUCUGGAUCCAGCUCCAGCUCAAGCUCUAGUGAUUCUGAUUGAGAUUGGAAAGUCUAAGAGGUAAAAGUAGUAGAAUCAUGUGGAGUUUCCUUUUGGGGUUUCCUCUUCAGUCUUCAUUUCAAGAUUUUCUUUUUCCAAAAAUUUUCUUUUUGGGUUUGGUUUUCCAGUUUGGUUACCUUAUUCUUUGUUUACAGUGCAAUCUUUUGAAAAAUGAGUUGUGGCUUGAUUUCUUGUAAUUGUGCAAGUUUCCAGGAUCCCCAUCCACCCCUUAAGAGUUUGAAGUUUGAGGGAGAAAAGGUGGUUUUUUUUUCUACUGUUUUUUUUUUGUUUAAACCUGUAUGUAAAAGUUUUGUUGUAUUAUUUGAUGAAUUGGCAAUUAUUGCUUCA